AUGAAUAUGCGUCCUUGGCCUCCACGGUUAUACCUUGCCAUUGAUUGUGGUGGCACAAAAGCGGCUGCAGCGAUUUGCAAUGAACAAGGAGAAAUCGUUGGACGUGGUCAAGGAGGACCGGCGAAUUAUACAGAUAUAGGCUUAUUGCCUUUCCUGGCAAGUGUUGAAGAUGCAGUCAAGAUUGCACUUGAAGGAGCAAGAUUGUUCUAUGCCGAGUUGAAUGAUCAAAUUCAAUGGCAAAUACUUGAUCAACAAUCUACUUCUACCGAUAGCAUACACUCAUCUUUUCAUCGUCAAAUCGAUGACGAAGAAGAAGAUGACGAUGGACGUAAAUCAACACAUUCUGCUUUAACAAUCGCGGAUGCUUUGGCCAGUAUAAAGCCAAACUCUCUAACUCACCACACACCUUCGCCAUCAAUACAAGCAGCUUGGCUGGGAAUCGCAGGCGUGGAUAGCCCUGCAGAUGUGACCACGCUCAGUCCACAUCUUGCCACGUUAUUCUCUAUUCCACAUCCAAGUAAUCGAUUAAUCGUUGCGAAUGAUACAUCCCUACUUGCAUCUCCUAUCGCUGAUUCAUUACGACCGGAGAUCAAGAGUGGGGUGGUAGCGAUUGCCGGGACAGGAAGUAUUGUGAUGAGCUUUAGACGGAAACGAAAUGGAAUGCUGGGAGUAUUGGGAAGAGUUGGUGGAUUUGGUUGGUUGAUCGGGGAUGAAGGAAGUGGAUAUUCUGUUGGAAGAACAGCAGUCAGAAGUGUACUUGACCUUACCGAUCAUGAAAGGCUGCGUAUGGAAGAUGAACGUAGUAUGAUGAAUGCCGAAGAGGAGGAGGAUUCUGAACUUGAUGAAGAUGACGCCCGUGAAGAUGGGUCAACACAAAUUGAAGAUACUGCUACUACUUUCGAGAUGGAUAUGACGAGAAGGAUGUCUAAAGAUGGUGAAAUCACUUUACCAAGUACUCCUCCUAGAGGUCAUCUUUUGCGAGAUCGUAUUCUACAACAUUGGGGCUUAAUAUCAACCGAUGAGCUACUACGAGCUGUAUACUUUGACGAUGCACAAUGCGGUCAGCCAAACGGUCGUGGAGUGCCUGCUGCAGCUUCCAAUCCAUCCAAACAAUGCGUCGCUCCCGUGACCGAUCGUGUCGAUCAACUUUCCAAAACAGAAUCAACUCUACGCGACGAUAUUCAAUCCACCUUAACAAAGCGUUUCAACGUUGCUCAAAUCGAAAAGAACAAUAGCACAGAUUCAAAUUUGAGUCGAAAAUUGACUUUAUUACCCACGCGAACUGCACGAACAAGUUCUUCUAGCAUGACGGAUGAGCCACCUUCUGCCAGUUUAUUACCGCCAACUGUUCAUACUUUGGAUGUUGAAACACGAUUACGCGGAGUUUCACCUAUUCCUUCACUUAGCUCGAGUCCUGGAAGUCGUUCUUCCAACACAUUUUCCGAUGUUGCCAAUAGCAGUACCGCACCUUCACCUGCAUUCACAAGAGAAAACAGUACAAGUAGAUGCGGUCAAACGAGAAUGUCUCAAGAUGAACCUUUACGCACUACAGCCGAAUUGAGCUCUGGCUUGGCAACAGAAAUUACCAGCGCUUCUUCUUCUUUAUCCAUGUCAGCAGGUAGACAUGGUAUUGAACCUGUAAGCGUUCAUCGGCGUAAAGAGACGGAAGAAGAAAAGGGUGAAAAGUCAAAUGGAUGUGGCUCGAUGAGCACGAGUAAUGCUUCAACCGGAAGUGCAGAAGGCAAGCAUCCACGAUCCACAUUGGAACGCAAACACAGAUUAGCAUCUUUGGCUCCUUUAGUGUUUCAUCUAGCAUUUACGCAUAAUGAUGCAGAAUCACUGGAAAUCUUACGAACGCAAGCACAUUUUAUGGCAAAGCAAAUCGAAAAGAUUUGCAAAGUUGAUCGAACGGCCAGGGCAUAUCUGAAUGUGAAGAAUAGCGUUUUAUGUUUAGGUGGUAGUUUGGUUGGAGUGAAGAAUUACCGUGAAUUGUUGGUCGAACAAUUGGCAAGUUUAGGUAUCGUUUUUGCUCGUGUUGAAUUUGUCGGAGAUCCGGCAAAACGUGGUGCGAUUGCUUUAUCGCAUGUAAUGGAAAGGGCUCGUGAAGAGAAGUGA